CUCCGAUUUGUCCCCGCGCGGGGGCGGGGCGCUGGAAGGGAAACAUUUUCCCGCGAAAGUCUCACGUGGCGCCGCGCCGCCCCUGCGCCCCAGCCCCGCCGGGGAGCGGCCCGGCCCGGCCAUGAGCCAGCUCCGGGCGGCGGCGGCGGCGGCUGGCAGGGGUCUCCGGCGGAGCGGCGGGAGGGCGGCCCCGCCUGCGGGGCGGAGCAGGAAGGGCGCGUCGUCCCGCGGAGGGGCCCCAGCUCCAGCGCCUGCUCCGCCGCCCGCCCAGCAUCUCUUCAGCGACCCGGCUGAGAUCGAGGCCUUGCGCGGGAACCUGCUCGCUUGGUACGACAAAUGCAAGCGGGACCUUCCCUGGAGGACACUGGCAGCAGCUGAGACGGAUGCCGACAGACGGGCGUACGCAGUGUGGGUGUCUGAGAUCAUGCUCCAGCAGACGCAGGUGGCUACAGUGAUCGACUACUACAACCGCUGGAUGCAGAAGUGGCCGACGCUGCAGGCUCUGGCGCAGGCGUCCCUGGAGGAGGUGAACGAGCUGUGGGCUGGACUUGGCUACUACUCGAGAGGGAAACGUCUUCAGGAGGCAGCAAGGAAGGUGGUGUCCGAGCUGGCCGGCCGGAUGCCCAGGACAGCUGAAGACCUGCAGAAGCUGCUGCCAGGGGUGGGCCGAUACACGGCAGGAGCCAUUGCAUCCAUCUCAUACGGGCAGGCUACCGGCGUUGUGGAUGGGAACGUGAUUCGGGUCCUGUGCCGCCUGCGGUGCAUCGGUGCUGACUCCAGCAGCCCGGCCGUUGUCGACCGGCUCUGGGACAUGGCCAAUGCCCUGGUAGACAGGAGCCGCCCGGGGGAUUUUAACCAAGCCCUGAUGGAGCUGGGGGCAACUGUGUGUGUGCCCAAGGCCCCGCUGUGUGGGGAGUGCCCCGUGAAGCAGCACUGCCGAGCACGGAGCAGGGUGGAGAAGGAGCUGGCCUUUGCCUCUCAGAAGCUGUUUGGAAAACCCGCCCCAGUGCCUGAUGUUGAGGACUGUGGUGUUGGGGGCUGCCCCCUGUGCCCCCCAGCCGCGGAGCCGUGGGACAGCAGCCUGGGGGUGACCAACUUCCCCCGGAAAGCAGCGAAGAAGCAGCCACGGGCAGUGCGAACGGCCACGUGUGUGCUGGAGCGGAGGGGCUGCCAUGGGGCCCCGGAGUACCUCAUUGUGCAGAGACCCAGCUCGGGUCUCCUGGCUGGGCUCUGGGAGUUCCCAAGUCUCACGCUGGCUCAGGAUCUGCAGGAGGAGAAGCAGAGGGAGGCACUGGCAGAUCACCUCCAGGCCUGGACAGGGCGGCCCGUGGCAGCCAGAAGCCUGCGGCUCAUCGGAGAGGUCAUCCACAUCUUCUCUCACAUCCACCAGACGUAUGUGGUCUACUCCCUGCCCCUGGACGGGGACGUGACGCUGGACCCUGCCUUGUCCCCAUCCCGCUGGGUGACGGAGGAGGAGUUCCAUGCCUCGGCUGUGUCCACAGCCAUGAAGAAGGUGCUGAAAGCACAUGAGAAGCAGUGUGGGAAGGAGAGCAGCCAGGUGGGCAACGGCUCCAAGCGGAAGCGGGGGGCAAAAACACAGGGAGCAGGCAGCACCUGCCCUGGGACACAGCUCUCCCUCCGCGCCUUCCUCCAGGCACCGACUGCCCCAUGAUGGCACCUUCCAUGUAUGAGACCACCAGAGACCCGUGCUGUGCGUCCACUGGCUUCCCCAGCUCCCCCGUGGGAGUUGCACCUUGAUGUGGCCUGGAGCCAGGCUUGCCCUCCCUCCUUGGCUGGAGCCCUCCUGGGGUUAUUCAGCCCCGUACAGCCACUGCUCCGGCACCGUGGACUCAUGGCAGCAGGGGUUUCUCUCCAGCAGCAGGAAGGCUGCGGUCACAUCACUCCCACAGCCCGGUACCUGGCUGCCUGCCUGCACCUCGUCCACCAGCCAGCAAUUGUGGAUGCUGCUGUACUCUUCCCAGCCUCCCGUAGCCCUUUUUAUACACUUGUUUUUACUGAACCUGAGCCACGGGCUUUCUAAUAAUAAAUCUAAAGCAUGUGCAGUUUUUAAA